UCCUUGAAGAAAAGAUCAGAUUGGUGAUAGCUUAUGAACUAGUUUUCAUCUCUCGACGUGUAACACAUGCUUGUCCUGUGUUCAUCAAACUAAAUGACUAUAACGAAUCAGAAGGAAAGGGUCUUGUAGGAACAGUGUUCGAGUCGCUGUGAUUGACUGGGAAACCGUUCUCCUCCUCUGCGAUUAUUCCAGCGUGGAGGAACUCGUCAAACAAAAGCUUAAGUUUGGGGUCUUCUCCAGCUAAAACUAAACGCCUGUUUCCUCCCUGCAGUAGUUCUUCCCCGGCUCUAAUUGCCGCUAUGUACUUUGAGAAGCAGAGCCCCACAGGAGUGCAACGCAAGAGGAGAUUCUCCUCCUGCAUCCCCUGCUUCCUCGGCUCUCCCGUCUCCGACUCCGACGCGUCGCAGCGGCCGCCCGCCGACGCCCGGUCCAGGCGCAGGCACUCGGCGUGGUACUCACGUUGCAGGCUUCGGAAGGAGGAGGAGAUGACGGAGACCGCCCAGCUCGACGCUUCUGCCAGAGCCGCGGCCGACGCUAAGGUGACUACUGCGGCCAAAGACAGCCUCUCCAAGAAGUCUUCUGCCAAGGAUCGAAGAGACAGCAUCGAGCAACAACAAGAACAAGCUUUGAGGCGUCACACAAAUCCCCGUUCUCAGCACACGAGUCUUCCCAGCAUCUCGCCCAAAUACAAUGCUCGUAGAGCACCAAUUCCGCGUUCGACCCGAACCAAGUCCAAAGGCAACGAACCCGUGACAGCCGAGCACAUUCCCGGUACCUCCUCCGAUGACUCGGCUCGAGCCGCCGCCGCGCUUGAGCCAUUUGUCGGCGUAGGGGUCAUGGUGGUUAUAUUGGCCGUCUUGGUCUUCUCCGGCCGAGCCGCCGCCGUCGUCUACUUGUGUUGUUCCUUGUUCAUAUUGCAUCUCUCGAGGGUGAUGUCGACGAGACCAGCAGCAGCUCACGAUGAGAUCGCAUCGAGAGAGGUUGAUAUGGACUCCGAUGAGUACAAGAAGAGGGUGAUCUUAGAGGGUUUGCUACAGCGUGACGGUCGAAGGUCAUCGAGCACUAUCGUUCUCGACAAUACUUGAGUUUGUAUGAAUUUUGUUUUAAGAUUUAUUCUACCAUACUAAUUGUAGCAUCGAAACAUACAUUGAAAUCAAAAUAAAAUGCAUGCAAAUUUGCACUUUAAGACCUCCCAAAGUGACAGAUUCAUGCGUACAUGGUUGUCGGUGACGGGAAGCAGGUUUCAGGUUGACACGCCUUAGCUCUCACUGCAGCAGGACCACAAACUCUCCCGAAAUGAAUGCUGUCUGAAACUGACAGUGCUCGGCACAUUUUAAUGGUGGGGAAGAGAGGAAAAGAAGCUCAUCUGUGACUUGGUUGCUGCGCUUCUCUCCAUCAUCAAUGUUACAGUGACUUGGAGAGACAGCUCUCGACUCUUUCAGUGUAAUUAAGAGACCUGUUGGCGUCGUUGGCGAUACCGGUGCGGCAUCCCAGUCGUGAGGUUCUGGCCGGCAAUGCUGGCGACCUACCACAUCAUCUCGGCGAUCCCGGAACUGAUACGGCACGAUAUGUUCCUUCGCAGGUGCAUGAUCCAUGCUUUAAAGCUCGAGCUUCAAUACUGGCUUGGUUCUCCUCACUCGCGAUCAUAGCCAAUCCUCUCUACCAUCGCUCUCACUGCGAGCAAGUCGCACGAGAGCUGAUGUUAGCAGGCCAAGCGAAGCUGAGCUCGAAGGAAUUGCCGCGGUUGGUGGGGGGUCAUGCUUCCCAGAAACUAAGAUUUGUGGUCUGGCUUCGAGUUCUGGUCAAUUCCUUCCCCGGAGAAGAGGUUGAUCACCACAGCGAACAUCCUCCGCUGCUGAGGCUCCUCGCACACGAUCGAAUUCCCCAGGCUCUGCCAAUUGGGCCGUUGAUAGGUCAUGACGUCAACGAAGGUAGAUGCGAGCUGAGCUUGCGGGAGAACGACCAUGACUGUUUGGAAUAGC